UCAAGAUCGCAGCUCGCUAGUCGCACGAAGGCGGCGUACCGACCGGAUGUCCCGCGGGUCGUUACAGCUGCAUUUGCUAAGGGAUUUUGAUAGGCGUCGCAUCGAAGGGCUACUUCUACUUCUAUCGUUUGCCGUCUUUUCUUAGACAAUUUUUUCAACAGAAGAUUCGUAAUAAAACAUCUAUAAGUAUAACUAGCUAUGGCAGUAGCGAGACUCCCUCCAUUGCCUACUAUCAGAGAAAUUAUUCGGCUUUAUGGACUUAGAGCUGAAAAACAUCUGGCUCAAAACUUCCUUCUCGAUUUGAAACUGACUGAUAAGAUUGUUCGUCAAGCUGGGAAUCUCCAAGGAGCUCACGUAUGUGAAGUAGGACCAGGACCUGGUGGCAUUACUAGAUCUAUCAUCAAUCAAGGGGUCCAAGACCUCCUGGUCAUAGAGAAAGAUACAAGAUUCAUUCCCAGUCUAGAGAUGUUAACUGAAGCUACAGAAGGUAGAGUGAGAGUGGCUUGUGAUGAUAUUCUUCGUGUCAAUCUGGCAGAUGCUUUCCCUCAUCACAUCAAGAGAGACUGGAAGGAUGAUCCUCCCAAUCUUCACAUUGUUGGAAACCUCCCAUUCAACGUCUCACUUCCUCUGAUGCUACGAUGGUUAGAGUCCGUUGCGGAUAGGACGGGACCGUUCUCCUUCGGUAGAACCCGUAUGUUACUCACCUUCCAGAAGGAGGUGGCAGAGAGAUUAACAGCGCCCCCUGGUGAUGAUCAGAGGAGCAGGUUGUCUAUAAUGGCUCAACAUCUGUGUCAAGUGAAGCAGUGCUUUGUGAUUCCUGGGGCAGCGUUUGUACCCAAGCCUCAGAUUGAUGUUGGUGUCGUUCAUCUCACGCCAUUACGAGAUCCAGAGAUAGAUGCACCUUUCAAACUGGUCGAGAAGCUUGUGAGGAGCGUCUUCCACUUCAGAAAGAAAUACUGCAAACGAGGAGUAGAGACUCUGUUUCCAGUUGAGAGACAAGAUUUGACCCAGGAAGUGUUUGAUACCUCUGGAGUUGACCCAACUCAACGACCUGUCUGGUUGACCAUGGAGGAGUUUAAUGCACUUUGCAUGUCAUACAAAAACAUUAUCCAACGAAUCCCAGCCAUGUUUCACUACAACUACAGAUGACAAGGGAGCUAAUAACAACAUGUGCUUCAGACAUUGUCAGAGGUUUCACUGCCUGUGCGGUUAGAAGUGUCGUAAUCGAGUUGUUUUAAGCACUUGACUUGAAAUUCAAAGGUCUCGGUUCGAUCCCCGAUACCGUACUAAUGUCCUUUGGCAAGGCAUUCAUCUUAAUUUGCCACA